GAAAUUAAAGAGUCAACACAGGCUGGUUAGUUAAUGAAAUUAUAUUAAAAAAAGUACGUAGUAUAUAGCAAGAUCGAUAAUUAGUAAGUAAUAAAGAGUUAGGUUUCUAUCAUUUCAUUUAUUUAUUUAUUUAUUUUAUUUUUUCUCUUUUUUGGUGUGGGUUGAAACUUAAAACACGGAUCGUUAUGGGAAAUCUCUCCCAUUCCUUUCCGGUACAAUAGGCUCAUUAUACGCAUGUCCAUACUUAUCCAAUGUCAUUUUUUUCCAACACAUAAAAUCACACACACACCAUUUAUGUCCUCACAUCCUUAUUUUCCCUUCUUUCUUACCACAUCAAAUUAGUUGAUGAGGUAGAUAAUAAGAAUAAUAUAUUGGUAAGAAUUUCCCAACCCCCAGAAAAACCACACCAAAUCUUAACUACAAAAUCACUACUAUAUAUAAAUAUUUUCUUAUCAAUGUGAACCAAAUAGAAAUAUACAUUAAUAUCACGAGUAGUAAUAAUAAUUAAACUAGAAAGAAAAGAAUGGCUCUACUCUCAGUCUCGGCCUUAUCAGUAUCGUUACUCAUCAUUGCCGCCGUGGUGGUGGUGGUAUCGGCGGACGACAAUGUGCCGGUACCGGAAAACAAGGCAGACAUAAACAAAUGGUUUAACGCAAACAUAAAGCCAUUCUCGGAGAGAAAAUCGACGCUGGACCCAGAGUUGGUGAAGGCUGAAGAAGCAUCUAGGACCAUUAAAGUUAGAAAAGACGGUAGUGGAGACUUCAAAACCAUAUCUGAGGCCGUUAAAACGGUACCGGCGGACAACACGAAAAGGGUGAUCAUCGAGAUUGGACCAGGUGAGUACAAUGAGAAGGUGAAGAUCGACUUCACUCAACACUUCGUUACAUUAAUUGGUUCUUCCCAAACGGACAGACCCGUUAUCAGCCACGGUGAUACGGCCAAGGUGUACGGUACUGUGGAUAGCGCCACCGUCAUUGUCUUGGCCAAAUACUUCGUUGGUGCUAAUCUCAUUAUUAAGAAUUCUGCGCCGAGACCGGAUCCGUACAAGAAAGAUGGUCAAGCUCUGGCAAUGAGAAUUAAUGGAGAUAAAGGAGCCUUUUAUAACUGCAAAUUCCUUGGAUAUCAAGAUACGCUUUGUGAUGACAGAGGAAAUCACUUUUUUAAGAACUGUUAUAUUGAGGGUACCGUUGAUUUCAUCUUCGGCAGAGGAACAUCUUUGUAUUUGAACGCGGACCUAUUUGUGUACGGUGAAAAAGGACUAACAGUGGUAACAGCACAAGGAAGAAAUGCUGAAUCAGAGAACACAGGAUAUUCAUUUGUGCACAGUGUUAUUCGUGGCUCUGGGAAAGGCACUACCUAUUUGGGGAGACCUUGGGGUGGCAUGCCUCGAGUCAUUUAUGCCUACACUGAAAUGACCAAGGUUGUCCACCCCGGUGGAUGGACCAUCAAGGACCCUAAAGACGCCGGUAAACUUUACUACGGAGAAUAUAAGAGUACGGGAGAAGGGUCAAACGUAGCUAAAAGAGAAAAAUUCGCUAAGCACUUAACGGCUAAUGAAGUUAAACCUUUUAUUACACUGGGCUACAUUCAAGCUUCCAAGUGGUUGCUCCCUCCUCCAAAAUUGGCUGGUUCUACUAAGAUUUCCAGGGGUCUAAGAACAAAUUUUAAAACAGAUUCUUAUUAUUUAAAUUAAUAGAUGAAAUAUGUAAUGUAUUCAAUUAUAUUUAGUAUGGAAUUCCAACUGUACCUUACCUCCCACACAACUCAAACAUCCAUCUUCCAAGUUCCAACUACGUAAGUUAGCCUGUUCAACUGUUGACCAUAAAUAUAUAAACGUAAUUUUUUCA